AUGGGACAGUCCAAUCAAUACUCGGUGCAAAAAAAGAAAUAUAAGUGCAAGAUAUGUAAGCUGAGGUUCAAAUAUCCAGGAGUUGCUAUAGAACACGAAAAUGUGCACACGGGUGCUAAGCCUUUCAGUUGCGAACAUUGCAGUUCUAGCUAUUCUUUAUAUACAUCCCUCAACAGCCACAUAAGGAGAAAACACAGCAAAACUAGCACAGAAGAAAAAAUCUACAGCUGUGUGAUUUGUUCUAAGGAAUACAAACACGAAUCAUCUCUACAAAUGCACUACACUACCAAUCACAAAGAACUUUAUGAUUGUUCAGUAGCUUGUGACAUUUGUAGUAAAACUUUCGCUACAAGACGCCUGCUGAGUAGACAUAAACCGACUCAUACAGCCUUCAAGCCAUACGAAUGUAACAUUUGUAACAAAAUCUUUUCCAAGAAAGUUGCGUUGAAGGCACAUAGUGUAGUUCAUACGGGGGAGAAACCAUAUGUUUGCAAGGAUUGUAACAAGAGGUUUGCUCAUCGUAGUCACUAUAGGUAUCACGUAAAGACUCACACAGGAGAGAAGUCCCACGUUUGUGGCAACUGUAAGAAAGGGUUUAUAGCAUUGAGUGGUAUGAGAAAACAUAUGAAAACAUGUCUAACAUAUGAAGAUGACAGUGAAGUUAAAGUUAAAAGUGAACCCUUAGAGUUGGAUGGAAUGUAG